UGAAAAUAUUGUUCGGUUUCAAUAUUGUGAAUUGCAUCAGGACGGAGCCAAAUAACGAAUGUUUGCCAGAAACUUUGGAUAAAAUUGUAGAUUUUUAAAUAAUUCACAAUGGCAGACCAUGUAACUGGGAAAACUCAAUUGUCGCAUCCUUUCAUAAAUGGAGAAAAUACAGUUCCAAUUCCUGAAGGAAAAGAAGCAGAGGUGGAUGCAUUUUAUCAAUGGAUGAUGGAGCAGAAGAACGUUGCUGCAGGUUUUACAAAAGGACACGCCCUGCUUUUCCUGCACGCCUGCUACUGGAAUGAAGCUAAUUCAAAAAAGGCUUUCCAAAAAUACCUUACCAUAAGAGCAAACUCACCUGAGAUUUUCAUGGACCGAGACCCGCUUUCACCUAAUGUCGGUGCAAUGUACGAUUUAGCUCACAUGGCAGCAUUGCCACAUACCACUCCUGAGGGAUACAAAUUAUUAAUUUAUCGCCUAGCAAACUAUGAUCCAUCUAAAAUGGUAUUUGCAGAUGCGGUCAAAGCAUUUUGUAUGUUCAACGACGUUCGAUUGUCUGAAGAUGGUUUAGCAGAUGGGUACGUCGUCAUAUUCGACAUGAAAGGCUUUCGUCUCAGCCAUUUGAUGCGUGUUUCAUUUGGACCUUUACGCCACUUUAUGCAGUACAUCCAAGAAGCUCAUCCUGCACGCCUAAAAAAAAUUAUGGUUGUAAAUACAUCUUCUCUGAUCAACCAGAUUAUGACAUUGGUCAAACCUCUUAUAAGAUCCGAACUGAUGGGACUUCUUACUUUCAUUAGUGAAGGACCGGAGUCUGUUUUGCCUCUGAAACUUUUACCUUCUGAUUAUGGUGGCUCUUUGCCCGAAGUAGCGGUCAUGCACAGGGAGCAACGUGCUGAAAUUGAAACUAAAUACUGCGAAUGGCUCAGAGAAUCAGCUGUUCUGAAAGAAUUACCAAAAAGCAAAGAAUCUUCCAAAACUAAUAUACAGCAAAUGGAAAGUUUGAAGCUGGAGUUUGAUUAACACAUCACUGAUAGCAAAUUGAUGGUUUGAUAAUAAAUUAUUUAUUUUAUACAUUAUAUAUGAUUAUUAUUCCAAAGAAAUUACAGAUUCAACAAUAUUUAAAUAGAGUUUGUAAAAUUCUUCGGAGAACGAUAUAUCAUCUAUUGUCAGUAGUAAAACAUUCUAUUUAUGUUUAUUUGUAUAUUAUAUGAUAUUGAAUAAGCGCCGAUAUCGUGCCAAGAGGAUAUAGAUAUUAAAAUUAAUGAUAUAAUAUAUUUUAUAGUUUAAUUAAAGUACGUAUAUAUAUUUAUUGCAAUAUUAU